AAUGCGCUCGAUACAGCUGAUAAUUGCUGAGGCCAGUUCGCUCAGCCUCUACCACUCUCACUCUUCAUUUCAUCUCAACAUUUUCUCUCUCUAUCCUCUAUUUCUCCCCCUUUCUAUUCUAGACUCUCUCUCCAAAUCGACGCAGCGCAGUACAAGCACAUUUACACAGACAUAUACAUAUACAUAUAAGUGUAUGUAUUGCUACUGUCUUUCAAAACCAUAUCCGCCUGUAUUUGAAUCGCUAGGGUUUAGAAUACACAACUCAACCGCACAUUUAGGAACGAGUUGAAUGUCACUUCAGAUUUGGAAGUGAAAUUGAAGUUAACAGAGACUUGAGGAUUUCACCAAGCUACGGUUUUCGUCCCCCAUUCGUCGAUCUGCUACGAUGGAUUCACUACCUUCGUCAUUGCCACUUGCCGGGAGAGAUGGGUCGCCGGGAGCUGCGGCGACGGUGGAGGAAGACAGCACUCUGACGGUUGUGGCGGGGUUGGCUAAGGAGGCUGCUUUGCUCUUUCAGGCUGACAAGUUUCUGGACUGUUUAAGAGUCUUGAAUAUGUUGUUGCAGAAGAAAGCGGACGAUCCCAAGGUUCUUCAUAAUAUAGCUAUUGCCGAGAGUUUUCAAGAUGGGUUUUCAGAUCCUAAAAAGCUUAUUGAAGCACUUCAACAAAUCCAGAAACAAAGUGAACGGCUUGCUCAUACAUCUGGAGAACACUUAGAGCUCUCUACUAAUGAUGGAAGAACACCUCCAGCUGGCCCAAAGAACACGAAUCAUGCUUCACAUCAAUUUUCUAGUUCAUCAGUUGUCUACAACGAUGAGUUUGAUGCCUCAGUGGCAAUGUUCAACACAGCUGUGGUUUGGUAUCAUCUUCAUGAAUAUGCAAAAUCAUUCUCGUAUUUGGAUGCAUUGUAUCAGAAUGUUGAACCGAUUGAUGAGGGAACAGCCCUUCGUAUAUGCCUUUUGUUGUUGGAUGUUGCGUUGCUUACUCAUCACACAUCAAGAUCUGCUGAUGUGAUAAGCUACAUGGAGAAGGUUUUUUGUGUGAAUAGCUUGACCAAUCAACUAGAGAAUGGAAUCUCAGUGCAGCAGCAACCUGCAUUAGCAUCAAAGUCUUCACUUCCUUCUAAUUCAACCACCUCUGAUUCUUCUCACCCUGAUCCAGUUGUUAAUGCAAAUACGCUUGAAAAUUCUUUAUCUAUGACUUUAUCUGAAGAAGCACUUGAAGACGAGUCACUGCAGUUACUAUCUUCUUUGGAAAUAAGUAGACAAAACCUUCAAAGACUUUCUGGUAUUGUGUCUUCUAAUGAUCCUUCAAGAAGCCAAGCGGAGGAGUCCCUUUCAGUUGUUGAUUUAAGGCUUAAGGUGCAUCUUUACAAGGUUCGACUUUUGCUUCUCACAAGGAACCUCAAAGCAGCUAAGCGUGAAGUUAAGAUGGCCAUGAACUUAGCCCGUGGAAAAGAUUAUCCCAUGGCUCUUUAUUUGAAGUCACAGCUUGAAUAUGCCCGCCGAAAUCCUCGUAAGGCAAUCAAGCUUUUGAUGGCAUCAAGCAACCGGACAGAGAUAGGAAUAUCAAGCAUGUAUUACAACAACCUUGGGUGCAUCUAUUACCAAAUGGGGAAGCAUCAGACAUCAGGUGUAUUCUUCUCCAAAGCCCUGAAGAACAGCUCACUUGUACAGAAGGAAAAACCUAUAAAACUCCUAAAUUUGUCACAGGAUAAAUCCCAUCUGAUAUUAUACAACUGCGGUAUGCAUUCUUUGGCUUGUGGUAGACCUUUCCAUGCUGCUCGCUGCUUUCAAAAGGCCAGCAUAGUCUUUUACAACAGACCUCUUCUGUGGCUCCGAAUUUCUGAGUGCUGUCUGAUGGCCCUAGAGAAUGGACUGAUAAAGUCUAAUUCCUCUGCUGUUGACAGAUCUGAUAUUAAAGUUAAUGUUAUUGGAAAGGGUAAAUGGAGACAUCUUGCUUUGAGGUAUGGGUUUCCGCCAAAUGGCCAGUGCGAUGUUGGAAAGAUUGAUUCAGGUCCAGGUGAUGGUAAACAACCUGAUCUUUCCCUGUCUCUUGCCUGGCAGUGUCUUGUAAAUGCUCUGUAUUUGUUGGACUCUUCUGAGGGAAAAUAUUCUAGAUCUAGCUCUGCUCCUAGUACCGAGCAAAAUGAGUCGGGAGAAACGUUUUCUCACAGUACAAAUGACAAGAAUGUCAGUGGUGGCGAUCAAAAGGAAUCUGAUGCGCCAUCUGGUUCGAGUCAAGUUAAUUCAAAUGGUGAAGUAAAAGAACAAAAGGGAAACAAUCAGAGUUCAUCAAUUCACAAUUCUAUUAUUGACUAUGAGUAUAUCUGUAUGAAAGAGAACCAGAUGAUGAAGCAAGCCAUACUUGCUGAUUUGGCUUAUGUGGAGCUGGCACUUGGAAAUCCCUUGAAAGCCCUAUCUACAGCAAAGUCUCUUUUGAAAAUUCCCGAGUGUUCAAGAAUGUACAUCUUUUUGGGGACCAUGUAUGCAGCUGAAGCUCUGUGCCUGCUCAACCGACCAGAGGAAGCUGCCGAUCUUCUGAGAGUGUAUGUUUCUGGUGGGAACAACAUUGAGCUUCCAUAUAGCCGAGAGGACUGUGAAAAGUGGGCAGCAGAUAAAUUGAUCGAUAAUGAGGAUUCAAAUGGAGGGGCGAUAGCCUCUAAUGGUGUCUCAACCCCUGACGAACCCCAGGUACUGUUUUCCAGUCCUGAAGAGGCACGUGGAACUUUUGCUGCAAAUUUCGCUGCAAAUGUUGCAUUGCUGGGAGAUUUUGACCGGGCACACCAUUUUGUACUGAAGGCAUUAUCUGAUAUACCUAACAGUCCCCAGGCUAUUCUUACAGCGAUUUAUCUGGAUCUAAAGCGCGGCAAGACACAAGAUGCUCUUGCCAAGUUGAAACAUCAUGGUGCCGUUAGGUUUCUCCCCAGCAACUUUUCGUUAAAUGGCUCUUCUUGAUGGUAAUUAGAUCCUUCCAGCCCACACCUGACUCUGAGUUAGCAGGUAGCUUGACAAUCCUUUACAGAGAAGGAUGUGUAAAAUAUAUAUAGCGCGAUUCAGGGAAUAAGUUUUUGGUUCAAUUCUUUUACUUUUUCUUUUUUUUGAAAAGUUUUUGCAAUUGGAUUUUAGUGAUUGGUGUUGUGGCUUAAUUUUGGUGGUUGUGAUUAUCCCUCUAGAAUUCGAGUUGUAGGUUUUGAUUCGUAGUUCGUUAGAAGUAGAAUCGGGUUCGAGUUCAAUGUUACAUAGGGCGCAGGGGCUCUCGGGAAGCAGCAAGAAAGCAGAUUACUCUCAAUUUUCUUGUAGAGGUAAUAUUCAGGCAUUUCAAUUUAUUUGCUAGACUUCUAUGCGUUAACUUGUUAUUAUGGGUUCGAGCACUAACUUUUUGUUGCUAAUGAAGGCUCACAUGUUAUUUUUGAUA